AUAACAUCUACUUUCUCUAGGAAAAGAAUAAUGUAGCCGUGCGCAAUAUUUAGCCAAGAUGGAUCUCCCGCUAAUAGUUCAUCAGUGGAAGGCGUUCGUUCUCCUAGAAAAGAUACGUUUGCAAAUAGCAAACGUAAAUGCUCUGAAACUGAUUCUGACACGUCAGAUUUGAGACAAUCGAAGACGAAGAAACCAAAAUAUAAAAGAAAGACGAAAGUUUGCUUAUAUGAUUCUGACGCUAAAUCAGAUACAGAAGGUGUAAAAAUGGAAAAAAUGUCACCAUGGACUUUGAAUAAAGUAAAUACAGAAACUCAAAAAAUGAAAAAGGCUAAGAUGAUCCAUCUACAUUUUGGUAUUUUGGUUCCAUAUAAACAUUGGGGGAAAACAUUGGACUCGAGCAUAACUUAUCAGUUUAUUCGAGAAUUGUGGCCGGACUUAUGGCCGGAAGAUGUCUUUAUUAACAAAGCUGUGCAAGUAGACAGAUCAAACAAGAAAGAUGGCAGAGUUCCAAUAACUCCAAAAAAGUUUGAGGCAUUCAAAAAAGGGUAUGGCCAAUUUCUGUUUCAUCAGAAGAUGAUCAAGCAAGAAUGUAAAACUACAAAAGAAGAAAAGGAGAGGGCAAGCCGUAUAAAUAAAUUCGGCAGGGAAUUGGGAGUUAUUAUCAGUUAAACGAGGUAAAAUCGUAAAGUAAGAGAACAAGCUAAUGUCGGAGGGGGGAAAUCUGAAGGUUCAGAAUGGGAAGCGGAGUAUGAUCGGUAGAUUUCAAGUUAUAUUUUUACUUUUAUUUAUUUAAGUUAUCUAUUUUUUCCAAAAAAAUAUCAUCUUUUAAGUUCACGUAAUCUACGUAAAUACGCUAAGUAACAAUUUUUUAAGUUUUUUCACGUUUAAAAAAAAAUAU